CCUGCUACUCUACAAUCCCACACAUACCUAGCAAACAACCUCACCGUCACCAUGUCGUACCCCAAACUCCCAUCAAAACUAGUCCUCACAUCCACCAAAGCAUACUUCUCCCCCUCGAGGACGAUAUCCUACUUAAAAUCCAUCCUCGACCCGACGGAAAACAUCCUACCACCUCUUCAGAAACACUCCGAUCAAGUUCUCUUCGUUCUCAUCCCCGACUUCCUCACCAUCUACCCUUGCUCCGAGGUCCUCUCGUCCAUAAAUUCGAGUCGACCGUCGUCGUGGCCUAUAGCUCUCGGCGCCCAGAAUUGCUACCAAAGCACGUCGUACGGCGCGUACACGGGCGAGAUCGUCACUCCCGCCCUGUCGUCCCUGGGCGUCAGUAUCGUCGAACUCAACCACGCCGAACGUCGGCGCCUGCUGCACGAGACCGACGAGUCAUCCGCCGCCAGAGCUGCGGCGGUCUGCGCCCAGGGCAUGGUCCCUCUCGUGUGCAUCGGGGAGCUGGACCGUCCUGACCUCGCGGGACCAAUGUCUCGGGCGGUCGGCGAUGCAGUGACUCAGUUAAGCCCCCAGAUCGGUACGAUCCUCAAGGCCAUCCCCAAGGACGCCCCGAUCAUAUUCGCCUACGAACCCGUCUGGGCCAUCGGGGCAGCACAGCCGGCGGGCGUCGGAUACGUGGGUCCCGUCGUGCAGGCCAUUCGCGAAAUCGCGCGUGGUGUCGACAAAGGCCGGACGGGUGAGGUCAAGGUUGUGUACGGGGGAAGUGCUGGGCCGGGAUUGUGGAGUGGAAAGGCAAACGGUGGGGACGGACUGGGAAAGUACGUGGAUGGUUUGUUCCUGGGGAGGUUUGCGCAUGAGAUAUCUGGAGUCAGAGGAGUGGUUGAGGAGGUGGUCGAGAGUCUUUGAGGCUCAGUCUUACUGUCCGUACCAUUUUGAUGACCACGUGCCCCCGAACAGGCAUUGUCUCUUUGUGACGCACUACGGGAUACGAUCUCGGAUCAUUACCAUGCUCUGAUCACCCACAUGGCCCUUUUCCUCUUGGUGCUUCAUGGACGGCGAGACUCGGGGGGUGUUCGUGGUGCAGCAAGUCUAUUGAUGUCCUCCUCAGAAGGGAAAAUAUUCAUGUCUGACAGCACAUCUGACUAAACAUCAUCUAUACCGUCCCGGUUGUCAGACAAACGAUUUCGGCAGUUGCUUGGGUGACGAGUGAC